CCCAGGUUUCUCGUAAACUGACCUUCCUGUAUCUUGCGAAUGAUGUUAUACAGAACAGCAAGAGGAAAGGACCAGAGUUCACAGACGAUUUCGCGCCAGUCAUCGUCGAUGCGUUCAAACAUGUUUCAAGUGAAGGAGACGAGGGCUGUAAGAAGCAGUUAGGUCGAGUUCUGUCCAUCUGGCAGGAAAGAGCUGUGUAUGAGAACGAUGUACUGGACAAACUCUCUGACGUCCUGCAGAUAGAAAAGAAGGCCAAGAAAAGGCCUUAUGAAGAAAUUAAGGUGAACAACGAUGACUUCGCCUCCCAAAGCUCGCCUGGUGAACCUCCACAGACUGCAGAUCUGAUCCGAGCGCUACAGGAGCUUGAGAACGCGGCGUCGAGCGACGCUACUCUACGUCAGCGGAUCUCUGCUCUUCCCCCAGAGGUGCAGGACUCAGCACUAUUGCACAAAGUUACAGAUAAAGAGUCAGGCGAGCGUCUCUCUCGUCUGGUGGAGGAGGCCUGUAUGCUGCUAGCGGAUUACAGCGGACGGCUAGCAGCCGAGAUCGACGACCGACGGCAGCUCACACGCACGCUUGCCAUCUUUCUGCAAACUCAGAGAGACGGCCUGGCCCAGAACGAGCAGAAACUAGAAGAAUACAAGCGUAAACUGGCCCGAGUGUCUCAGGUCCGGAAGGAGCUUCGGUCUCGGCUCGGAGGACUCCCGGAUCUCUCCCGACUCCCGAGUGUCACGGGUCCGGCACGGGUCCGGCUGCCCUCCUCGGGAGAUGUUUACCACUCCUCAAACUGAGCUGGACUCUCGCCCGUCAACAUCUCCUGGUGACUUUCCUUCUGGCUUCAGAGUUGACUUCACCCGGCCACUUUUAGUGGACGCAUCUGAUAACAAGUUUCAAUGAUGAGUUUCAGUGAUCACUUCAUCAUCGUCCCCCUUUGUGAUUAAAAGCCUUUGUGCGUUAGGAUCAGUGCAAUCAAUGUUAUUCUUGAACUACAAGUCAAGGAACUUCAGAUUUGUUGCUUUGUUUUUGGAAGCGUCCAUAAAAGUAAGACACCAAAAGAUAAUUAUAAAAUUCUUCAGCUCCUCUCCUGCUCAUUUGAUAGUUCUCCAGAUUUGUUAUUUUUGUAUCUUUGCAGUGAAUAUUCAUUUCAGUGCAGUGUCUUAUAAUCAUCUGCUGUGUUUUAGUGCGGCAGUGCUGUAGUUAAUGUAGUUAUACGUAUGGAGGCUUGUUUCCGACACUGAAUAAAAGUUUUUAAAAGAUAAUUGAGACUUUUUAUCUCAUAAUUGCGAGUUUACAUCUUUAUUUCUCAGAAUU